UGGGGGUAUUGUCACAAAAGACAGUACUCAAAAACAAAUGUUAUAGUCGCGAAUUGCUUCAUUACUUUAAUUGUUUAGUACUUAUCGUGAUAUAAAAAUGUAUUUUGUACUUAAUAUUACCGCGUCCGUAGUGACACUUUAAAAUUAUUUCCUUCAUCUGAAUUGAAAGUGAAUAUCAACUCAUACAACAUUUGAUCAUUUAAUCCAACAAAAAUGCCUCAACAGUUCAUUAAAGUGAAGGAAAAUCCUGGAACGAUACCAAAAGCGGAGUUUAACAAUCCUGUAAAGAGUCAAGACUGGGAUUCAAAUUCGAAUCUGUCCAAUUCCGUGGGGGAUAUUUGCAGAAUAUGCCAUUGUGAGGCAGAUGCAGAUAAUCCUCUUUUGUCUCCCUGUUACUGUUCAGGAAGUUUGAAAUAUGUGCAUCAGACCUGCCUGCGACAAUGGUUGGCUGCUUCAGAUACACGUUCUUGUGAGUUAUGCAAGUUUAACUUCAUCCUACAUACCAAAAUCAAACCUUUUUCUGAGUGGCGGAUAUUAGAAAUGACAAGCGUCGAGAGACGGAGACUUCUAUGUGCCAUUCUCUUCCACUUCGUAGCGGCUGUCUGUGUUAUUUGGUCCUUAUUUGUUUUAAUAGAUAGAGCGGCUGAAGAAGUAAGGAAAGGACUGAUUGCUUGGCCUUUUUGGACUAAACUUGUGGUAGUAUCGGUAGGAUCGACUGGAGGAGUUGUAUUUAUGUAUAUACAAUGUAGGCAGUAUUUACAUCUUUUUUCUAGGUGGAAAGCGCACAAUCGUAUAAUUCUCGUACAAAAUGCCCCGGAAAAGCCGGCUGCACCCCCUGCUUCGCCGUAUUUUCAAAAGAAUAUUAGUCACCACGUUCCUACGCAAGUAGUCACCGUUGCGGAAUAUAAUCAGCCAUCCUCAAUCACGAAUUCCAACUCACAAAACGAGAUGCAAAUGUGCUACGUGUUCGAAAACGAAAAGGUAAAAUGUUGCAGUCGAAAUAGCGCGUCAUCGAUCCAAAAAGCCGACGUGCACGUCGAAGAUCUGUGUGAAACGCCGAGGAACGAAGAAAGCUCAAAUAACUCACCUGACUUAUCUAGGAGUAACAUAAUAGCGUUAGACAUUGAGUGCCCUUCUAGUAGCAAGAAGAAAUAUUCUUUACAAAAUUCUUUAAAGACUGAUAUAGUGAAAAAUAGGAGCUGUGUUUUCAAAUCUUUGCCUAAUUUGAGUACCAGUAGUGAAAAUUUACUGUUGUAAAUAAUGAUAUAUUUUAAUAUUGUAAAGUGAUAUACAAUAAAUUAUUUAUUAUCUAA